UUCCGCUCGGGAACACGGCGCUCGCGCGCUUCACGCUGGGCAUCUCCUGGUCCAACGCGGUCUACUACAGCGUCGUCUCCUGCACGACGAUCGGCUACGGCGACGUCGGCGGGCUCGCGGACGCGCCGGGCUGGACGCGGAGCCUCUUCGCCGUGUACACGCUCGUCUACGUGGCCAUCUUCACGGCGUCGAUCCACGAGUGCUUCGUCGUGCGGCACCGGCAGCGCAUCUCGUCGGGCGCGGAGGCGAUCCCGAACGCGCGCGAGCUCGAGGAGAUGCUGCUGCUCAAGUUCGCGCGCCUGAAGCAGCGCGACGUCGACCACGGCGUCGACCCGGAGCUCACGGAGGCGGACUACAUCGUGAGGACGCUGCUCAACGGCCAGUUCGUCGACCCCCAGCUGCUCGUCGCAAUCCAGAGGGCCUUCUACUGGACCGCGCUCGGCGGCGACGGCGAGCGGUCGACGAUCUCCGUCGACGACGUCCACGAGGAGCACCGCGCGGAGGCGCGGCGCCGGUCGCUGACCGUGGAGCACCUGAACUUCGUCGGCGAGAAGCUCUUCACGGCGUCGGGCCACAGCCUCAGGGACCUCCGCCAGUACGCGGCGACGCACGACCAGGACAAGCUCCGCUGGCGCCGCGACUACUGGGACGCCAAGGUCGCGGAGAUCCGCCGAAGCGAGGCCGACGACGGCGACGACGGCCGCGCGUCGCGGCGGAUCCUCGCCAAGGACCGCUUCCUCCGGGCCGUCGAGCGCGUCGAGAAAGUCGUCGCCGUCGGCGCGGCCGCCGCGCCGAAGCGGCCGACGCCGGGCCAGGUCGCGCCGCUCCCCACCUGCGACGAGGAACGCCGGCCAGAGCCGGAACCCGAACCCGCACCCGACCCCGGGCCCGCGCCGAAUCCGAACAAGGUCCGCCUCGAGCCCCUCGUGUGUGUACCCAUGGGCUUCGAGGCAGCCCUCGCGAGCGACGCGGAGCAGGCGCAGCUCGUCGCGCUGCGCAAGGCGCUCAACGCCGUGCCGCCGCUGCCCGGGCCGGCCCUCGACGACGACCUCUGCCUGUCUUUUUGA